GAAGGGGAAAAGAAAGGAGAAAGCCCUCUCUGUAGGAAGGGCAGACCUUCAGUCUCUGAUGCUGGGUCUCUGCCAUCUCUCUCCAGGACAAACAGGCUGUCCUCGGGGCUGUGACUUCCAUGAUGGCUGUCCUUCUGCAAGAGGAGCUGCACCGAGAACAUGUCUGGGAGCAGUUCCUCUGGCUCAUGCACCCGUGUCAGGAGAUCCAAGAUACCUGCAGGGUGGCCAAGAGCCUCACUAUCUUCCUGGAGGUCUUAGAGGGAGUUCAGUCUGUCAUCCCCAAGGACAAGUUUCUGGCCAUCACCAGUGCCGUGUUCUACCAGCUUUAUGAUGACACCAAGCAGCACAGCGAGGCUGAUAGCGCAGAGCUGACCCACUGCAUCCUGCUGCAGGCCCGAAUCUGCCCAGAGGAAACGAUCCUGUUUCUUCAGUCACAGUUGGAGGAUGAGUGUGAGGCUGGACGCGUGGCAGCCCUGGAUCUGCUCGGCGUUCUGGCUCACUCUGAUGAGCCCUUGAUGACAGAGAAGCUGCCCCUGGUUGCGGAGGCUGUGCAGCGUCUGUGCAGCGACCUCAGGCCCCGGGUGAGGAGAGCCAUUCUGUAUUUCAUCAAGGAUCUCCUCAGUGCUGACACCCGGAGCUGCUCAGCCUGGGACGUGGUGGGGCACAUCUUCAGAGAGUUCAGCCGCACCACGGGAAGAAGGGCAGCUGGAGACCUUUCUGCCCAGGAAGCUCAGGAAGAAGGAGCUCUCCAACAGCUGUGCAUGGACAUCCUGGGGUCACUGGAUGUCUCUGUGGGAGGGAUGUCCAAACUCCUGUGGCCGCGGCUCCUGCUCUUUGUGGUGCCAGCCCAGUACACGGGCAUGCUGAUCCCUGUCUCCCGCUGCGUCCAAGCACUGGCUGAGAGAGAGGGCCUGACAACACGGGAGAUUGAAGAGUUGGAUCCCCAUUUCCUCAGCUCCAUGUUUCAAGGCCCACGGCUGACUCCUCAGACACUGCUGAUGCGCCUGUUGGUGGUGGCAGGGAGCCCUGUUGCAGGCAGCGAACUCCAAGCCGCUGCCUUACUGCUCAUGCAAAAGCUCCACAGCAGGAUCCACAGAGCUGUGGGGGCCAUGUGGGAUGCGGAGAUCCCCCUGCUGCUGCAGUGUGUCCAAGGGAAAGAAGAGAGCUUCCCAGACUCUGCAGCGUGGGAGCACCGACUGCUAAAGUUCCUGAGGGCGUCACUGGAAACCAUGGAGGAUGAGGCUUGGACCAAGGGCCUGAGCUGUGAGCUGAGCCGGUAUCUGAGCAGCUCUCCCAGCAGCUCUGGAGAAAAGUCCUUCCUGUACAAGGCUCUGGGGACAGUGCUGGGAGCUUGUAAGGGAGUCCUCCAUGUCCAAGAGAAGCUGCUGCAACACCUGCAGGAAGCAAAUGCAGAGGAACCAUCUGAGGCCCAGGGAAUGAUCUCUCUUCUCAGCCAUGCUGCUGAGAGCAACUUCCGUGCAGUCUUGGACACACUCACCAUGUUUUCGUCCAGGCUGUGCAAAGGCCGAAAUGCAAGGAUUUCCAGGCACAAGAAGAUGGAGCUGGACAGCACGAGAGCUCACGCCACACGCAGCGCUCUCAUGCUCGCCCAUGGCAGCUUAGCACUGUGUGCAACCAAGGAAGAACUGCUCGCCCAUCUGGAGGGAGACAUCGUGGGCAACAUCCUGCUGCUCUACAGCUGCAGCUGCCAGGACUUGCAGAACAAGCUCGCACUGGUGCAGAGCAUCACCGACUUCAGCUCUGCCUUCCAAGCUGUGGGUGACUCCUCCUUCUUUAACUCCGCCUUGAAGGGCAAAGUGCUGGAGAUCCUGAUGGACUUGCUGAAGAAGUAUCACUCGGGCAUCCCUGUCUCCCCAGUGCCCCUCAAGGUGAUUCUGGCCCUGGAGCAGCUGAGCAAGCUGAAGCCCUGUCCAGGAACCAAGGAUAUGUGUGAAAUGUUGGCUCUGUGCUUCAAGAGCAUUGUGACACACCCUUCAGCAGAGAUGAUGCUGAAGAUUAGGAAGUCACAGCAAGCAGCUCGGUACCUUCAGCUUCUGCAAACAUCUUUGAAAGCUCUGGGCCGGCUGAUGGCAGUCCUGCUCGAGACAGAGCCCACCUGUGACUUCUUCCAGGACAUAAUCCAUGUCCUGCGGAGAUCAAUGACAUCAGGCAACGUGUGGGAGCACAAGAGGGCCCUGCAGGUCUGCUCCCAGCUGCUGGCUGCAUGUGAAGAGCUUCGAGGAGAAGAUGCCUGCGAGCACUUUGGCUCCCUGGUGGGAUUGCUGGCACCUCUAACAUGUGACCCCAUGGCCACAUCCCGCCAGUUGGCUGUCACCUGUCUGAGCUCCCUUCUCCGAAUCCAAGCCAAGGUGACCAACCGAGUAAUCGAGACAGAAGACAUUGGGAGCCUGUGUGAGGGGCUGCAUGCCUGCAGCACGGUCUGUCAGCUCCAGGCCUCGUCCAAAAUCGCAAGGAUGGUGUGCAGAAACUUCCCCCUGGAACGCACCAUCGACUUCUUGAUGGCCAUCAGGGAGAGCUUCCGAAAGGCCAAAGGAAUGCGUGUGCGUGCCGCUGGGAAGUGGAUGAUCACCUUUCUGAUGACGUACAGAACGGACAUCCAUCGAGACGUGCCACUGAUCCUCUACGUCCUGCGGAGCUGCACAUCAUCCACACCAUCCACACAGCAGAGCAUGUUCAUGCCCUUCGUGUGCCAGGCGGUGGUCAUCCUCACCCGCUGUCACACGGAGGUCGCGAUUGACAACUUAUCCCGGCUGCUUGAGCCCACAGACAGUGAGACGUGGAGGAAAAUCAGAGAGUUUUGUCUUCAGCGGUGGAGCUGUUAGAAGAAAGUGAAGCAAAGCCGAGAAGGAGAAGGAGGG